UCUUAUACGUUGGAGUUUUUCCACGUUUCCCCCACUGCAUGCAGUGCACCACGCCGAAUUCGUGACAAAUUUUUGUAUAAGAAUUUGCGACCUUUUUUCAACGUUAGCACCGAUAAGAACAUCGUAUUGGAUCACCCAAAAUCGGAGUUCAGAAGCUCAAAGACGAUCUAAAACAAGAAGAUCCGGAUCCUCAUUUCUACACACUACGAUACAAGAUCUAAAAAUCUCGUCGACCACCUUUGAGAAGAUCCAAAUCGGACAGUAGAUCCAAGCUAUCAAUUUCUAGAUUGCGGUUCUUGCGCUGAGUUUCUCCUCUAUCAUCCAUCGAUAUUUCAUCGUCAUCUUUCAUUCACAGGCUUGAUAGGCUGUCACUUAACUGUUAGUUGAGUAAUUGUCUAUUUAACAACAAGAACAAUAGUUUUCGUCUUGCGAUUAGUUAAGACAACAUCAACAUCCACUUGAACUUCUCCAUACAACUGAGUAGAAAGUAGUACUAGUUCUUGCAUAUUUCUAUAUCAGAAGAUAAGCACGACUAGAACUAGUAGGUUGUUCAACAGAACUUGUUUUGGAUAAAAAUCACCCACUCUCUCCAACUCCUGAGAAGUACAACUACUGAACUUCAACCCCUCACUGAAACUUCACAAAAGAAAAUGUCCGCGUACACCGCUCCGAACGCUCAUGCUCCGCACUAUGUGCGCGAGGAUGACUAUACUGUCGUGGAGGACAGUGCUGAUCCGCUGAUCGGAGGACACUACGACGAUGAGGACAUCUUCCCGGACACCGAAGAGGGUGGUCUUCGUGCCCGUCGCGGAGGUGCCGCGGAAGGGCGUCAGUCCGUCCUGUCGGUCGAUGCAGAGGACACGCACGCCAUCACCGAUGCGUUGGACAAGGCUACUCCGGAAGAGGAAGCGAAAGAAGAAGCUAAGAAGAAGGUACUUUGUGAUUCGAGGAUUGAGAGGACACCGACACAACAGCAAAAAUUAGAAUAUCUACUAAUGAACAAUCAUUUUUCGCAUUUUUAUCCAUUAUAGAAUAAUUUCUUUUCCCAUCAAAUCAAUGCCUUUAGGCCCAAUUGAACAAUCCCUUUGUUCAUCCCCCACGAAAUACAUCCCUUAGUACAACAUCCCUUCCCCAAACCACAAUCAAAAACAGCUUUCCGAGUCCACCGUUCCUGGUUGGUUGCCGCUCAUCGUCAUUCUGGUUUUCAUCACUCUGGAUGCUGGAAAGGGUCUCGCUGACAAGGCUUCUUUGAAUGGUGCCAACUACAAUGUGCAAAUGUUCGUCAUCUUGGUGAACAUCUUUUCGUUGUUGAUCGCUUUCAUCUGGACUCUGUGCGCCAUGGGAUUCGGCGAAGGCUUCAAGGCCAUGUUCAAAUGGUCCCGUCUCUCCCGCUACAUCAUGCCGGCUAUGUGGUUCGGUACUGCUAUAUUUGUUCAGACCCUCCUGGCUGCUUAGAAGACCAGACCAGGAGUUGCUUGUGACAAAGACUUGCUUAUGACAUACGUAAUGUGGUACAAAUGAAAUGGUUGAUGCUGGUAGAGUAUCUCUAAAAAUAUUACAACAAUACUUGAAGAGUAUCUUCUUCAAUAUCUCUUAAAUUUUUCGUCUUAUUUGUCACCGUCCUCGUGCACCUCCUCUUCCUCAGGUAUCGCCCAGGCCCUCCAGCAGGUGCAGAACUUGUACCUCGCUCAGGGAACGAAGAAGGUCUUGGCGCAAUUGCGUAUUCCCUUGACCGCGUUGUUCUCUAUGACCAUUACCGGUGCUAAGUACACGAGCCUGCAGUGGUUGAUGAUUGGCAUGAUCGUCGCAUCCGUCUUCGAGUUCCAGAUGUUGCAGGAAACAGGAGGCCUCUUCGAUCGCGAGAACAGCAUGUUGGGUCUCAUCUUCUCUGUGUUGGCCUCGAUCUGCGCCGUCAUCGGUUCUCUCGUGGGCGAGAAGAUCAUGAAGGAAUCGAAAACGUUGCCCUUCUGCCUGCAGAAAUUCCAGUUCGACUUGUGGCAGACCGUAUUUUCCGUCAUUUGCACCUUUGCGCUGUUCCCGUUGGUCUUCUUCAUCGUGGACGUCACUCUGGAGGGCACCCCGGCUAGUCAGGUCUGGACCAGCGGCAAGCAGACCACCAAGAUGUGGCCGUUGAGCUACCGCGCUGCGUUCUACAGCUACGACAAUUCUGGGCACUUGGCUCAGGACUUGGGCUACGAAGCCGAGUACUUGACUCGCCCCACCACGAUCUCGGAAGCGCACUUUGGCGGAAAGCGUCCGUCCUUCACGCUGUUGCAGGAAGAAACCGCACGCGCCUUUCCGGAAAUCCUACAGGUACUGCACGAAGUGAAAGCCGCAAGAGAGCGCAUCCCGCGUGAAGAGAAGGCCGAGAAGGAGAAGAACCAGAAGGAGAAGGAAGCUGCGCUAGAAGCGCAUGAGCGUAGACUAGGUAGGGAUUUGGAGCAGAUCGAAAAAACUCGCGUCGAGAACGAAGCUGGGAUCGAGGCUGAGGCUGAAGUGGCCCACGCGCAGGCUGACGAAGAUGUGAAGGAAGCUGGGCGUCGCGCUGAGGCCGCUUCAACUGACUUCAUCGCUAAAGCGGAAGCUGCCGAGAAAGGAUUACGUGAUAGGCAACCCCCAUCCGAUCCCACAGAUGUAACGCAAGCUAAAGACGAAGCCGACCAGGCAGGUGAAGCAGCUGAGAAGGCACUCGCAGCUCGUGAUCAAGCUCUUGAACGCUUCAACCAGCUUCGUGCAGAGCUUCAAGAUAAGCAUUAUAAAAUCAAUGCUACAAAAGGUACUUAUUUGAACCAAAACCAAAAUCACGCACAAAGCGAAGCGGACAAGCGCAACCAGAAGGCUACAAAAGACAGGGAGGCCCUCAAGAAGAAGUAUGAAGAAAAGGAAACGCAGCUGAAGCAGCGUGUCGACCGUGACUUGAAAAGAGUUGCCGAGCGCGAAAAGAAUGGACCGAAUAUGGCCGCUAAAGUUCACGCUGAUCGUAUUAUUAGAGAGUUUAAGAUUCCCCCUGUGGCUGAGGGGGUCCCUGGGGUUCCUGUGCAAAAACUUUCCGAAUUCGCCAUCAAACUUGCGAAAGAUAUUCUCGACAAGCAAGUCGAAAAGAAGAAGGCACGACGGGAUGAGCAGAAGCGUGAUUGGGAAGUUGCAGCUGCGAUCGCUGAGAGUCAAGGAAGGACGGCUCCCACGAAACCGAACACAGAGGAACCAGCGCACUUUCCCGUCUUUACUCACGAGGAAAUGAACACGAUGAAGUUCAAGAUCACCCGCAAGCUGGAUGAGAUGACCGUGACGAUGACUGAGAACGCUGGAAACGCCAACGCUGAGAGACUUCAGGAGCUCCGCACCGAGAAGAUCCCGGAGGAACUCAGCGAAUUUUUCCUGCGAAGACUUGGAGAAAACCAACUCCCGGUGGAACUGGAAAACGGAGCUCGCCUGUUCCGUCCUAGCGCAACAUUGAUGAAGGUGCCAGAUGCUGGAGCCUUCAUUGAAGCGAUUGAUGAGGACAAAGAGGCAAAGAAACCUGUUGCCGAAAAGUUCAACAAGAAGAUCAUCGCCAACAGGUACACAUACUUAUACUCUAAUAUUUAGAUACAACUAUGUCUUAGUUGUGUUAUAGUGAAGAACUCAGAUUCAGUUGAUCUUGAUUGAAAUGAGUAGAUGUUCUAUUGAAAGAAUGGCAAUAACUUACAUCAGGUGAUGAUAAGAGGUACUUAUUUUUCUUGAAGAGCAAGAGUCAAUAUUUUUAUCGAAGCCAAAAACACGAACAUGUACGUCUCACAUCAGAUUGGACAUGAAAUACUGGGUUUCCGUUGCGGACCUUCGUCAAGCUGGUACGUACUUCAACGAGACCAUCGGAGGAGACGUGGACGAGACGAGCAGCAACAUGUACGAGAUCGUCGAAAAGUUGCACAUGCUGGUGCGCAAGCGCCGUGGCGAGAACACGUACAUGACCGAAGUCCAGCACGCCCAGGACUCCGCAAACUUGGGCUCUCUUGAAGAGCGCAACCUGUUCGUGAACCCCGCUUUGGCCCCGAAGAUGGGCAAGAUGGGCGAGCACUCAGCCGCGCAGCUGCGCAAGAUGUCUAACAUGUACCCUGGUUCGGAGAGCCAGAUCUUGAACACCAAGGCCUACACGGGACAGCCGUUCUCUCUGCAGAGUGCUCUGGUGCACAGCUCCUCUUUGAUCGACAACUUUGUUCUCGUCAUCGGUGAGAAGGUCCAAAUCCCUUUGAUGAACACAGUAGCUGCUGCUGUCGAAGCUCCCGCUGCUCCUGCUGAGGGUCAAGAUGCUCCUGUUGCUGGUGCCGACGUUGCUGCCCCAGCUCAACAGGUUGGACAAGAUCAAGCUGCUGUCGAAGCUCCAGCUGCUCCGGUUGCUUCUCGCUCCAAGUGGUGGAGCAAGUUCCUGCCGCUCAAACUGGCCAUCCGCGACAGUCCCGAAGUCGAAUCCUUCAAGAUGUCGAAGAACAUCUUGGGCGAAUUCGUGCACGGCAUGGACUCGGUCGACCAGAGCCUGAAGCCGGCUGUGUACUUCACUUUGAUUCCGGAGCCCAUCGACUUGAGCAUCGACGCCCUGAAGGAGCAGGACGCGGACUACAAAAAGGACUCCGCAGAAGCUUUGAAGGAGAAGAAGGCCUUGGACCUGAAGAAGGAAAUCCUGAAGGAGAUGCGCGAGCGCAAGCCGGACGCACCGCACAAGGCUGUCAGAGCUGAGGAAGGGGCACAAGAGCAACAGCUGACUGAGCAGCAAGUGAAGGUGAACAAGCACUUCUUCGAUUCCUACGACAGUUUCGUCGGUCACUUCGAUGACCAGAAGCACAACGCUCGUUGGGGCUUCGAUAAGCUGCAACGCAAACUGGCCUUCGGCAAGGUCGUCCACUACUCGCCAGCAGAGGGCGCCUUGCGCAUUGCGGUCACGCGUGAGACCACCCGUUCCAUCCGCCGCAUCAGCAAGGGGGUAGAUGCCGGAGAAGUGAGCACCUGGAGCCAGACCAAGAAUGAGCGUGUCAUCUUCCACUUCCACGGAUGCGGCGCGCAACUCCAAUUCGACGACAAGUCUGAGUUCAGAGCUAAGAAGACCACAUGCAAGAUCGGUAAGGCACCGCUGCGUCAAACUACGACUGUGGCUGCUGCUCCGGCUGCCGAGGCUGCUCCGGCAGCUGCUGAAGCUGUUGCUGAGAACAACGCCACUGCUGCUAAGGCUCAACCCCAAGAAGGUCAGGAACGAGCUCAGACUACUGAGACUGCCUUGUUGGAGCGCAACCAGUGGCAACCUGCUGUCGAGAUCAUCUCUACUGGUGAGUGGAGCAAGCCGAAGUUCGAGUUGAACAAGCCCAAGAAGGAGGACGAGUCCGCUAGCAAGGAGCAGAAGAAGAAGGCCGCCAAAAAGAAGCAGGAGAAGUGGGACAAAUUGACGGAAGAGGAAAAGAAGGCAUCGGUUGCCACGUCCGUCAGCAAGUUCUUCGACGUUCCCGCGAAGCAUGCUGACGACGCCUUCGGAACUGUGCACGACGAGUUCGAUUCCAACGAACAGACCAAGUUCUUCCGCUACUUGACGAAGCAGAUCUCAGACUUCCAGGCCCGCUCGGUCGAAGCCACCAACCGCAUGGUCGAUGCCCAGGUGGCCCAGAUGGACAGAGCCAAGGUCCUCGCUCGCGUCGAGGAGCGCGAAGCCGUUCUGAACGCCGUGGAAGGCUCCUCCGCUGAGAAGAUCGCCGAGAAGAAGGCUGAAAUCAACGCCGCUGACCGCAAGUUGAUCGAGGACCUCGACCAAGUCAUCGCCUUGGCCGAAAAUGCGUACGAAAACUCUGACUUCGAGUACGAGUUCCAGUCUUACCCGGGUAAGGCAGCUGGUGCCUUGAACGGUGGGUGCACGCUCGCAAUGUGCAACUUGAACGAGACUGAGUGGAAGAACAACUUCGACUACUUCAGCACCCUCGUCUCCGGUGGCCGCAACAACUGGCGUAAGAUGCACUCUAUCGUCGACUUGGAAAAGCAUCCGCAAACCGCUUUGAACAAGCCGGUCGAAGAAGCUAAGAAGCGUCGCCACCCCGACAACAAGGUCUACCCGAACGUUGACUCGAUCAUCCACUACAACGUCGACUUGGGCAGCACGGUUGGUGUCAGGAUCGUCGAAGAUGCGAAGAACAACCGUGUCAUCUACGAAGAUGACAGCACCCUGUUCGACUUCGCCGAAAUGCACCCUUACACCUCGAGCCCGAUCCCGAGCGUCUGGAUCGGCACGAUGGGCUUCUGGACUGCAUUGCUCAUCAACGUUGCCUUUGUCUGGAUCAGUACCUACAUCUCCAAGGUCUUGUCUUCCCUAUGGAAGUCUCUCUCUACCGCGAUGGCGUUGGUCGUGAUUGUCUUGGGAGAACGUAUCUUCUUGGAUGACACCCUGAAGUUCCAGCUGACCGACUGGACUCGCGUGAUCUUGGGCAUGCUCGGAGUGGUCGUGUCCGUUUUGAUCUUCCAGAUGUCCCCGAAACAUGAGAAGAAACACUAA